AUGAGUUCAAAGCCUUCCGCGGACGCUCCGAGCAAGGACGUCGAUCCUCGCACCGAUUACUCCAGGACCCCACUUGCCGACCUCUACAUCCAGCUGGAUCAAGACGACCCGGCAGAUGUCCUCGGCAUCAACUGGGCAGCGACCGAGACCGAGAUCUACACCGCCUUCCGCUCUCUGGCUCUCCGCAUCCAUCCGGACAAGGCGCCAUCCGAAGAUCUAAAGCAAUUCCAUACCCUGCUCUUCCAGAUCUUGAAGCCUGCUUGCGAGACACUCCUUGUGGAAUUGAGGUUUGGAAGCGGCCAUGCAAGAACGCAAACGCACACGCCGCCCAAGGCACUCCCCGAGACCUGGGAGGCCCUUCAUGCUCGCAACUGGGAUAACAAGGAGAGGCUCAAGGCGGAGCGGGCGAAGGCUGCCCGAGUCGUCCGUGCAGGGCGUGAGUAUUCUCGCAAGAAGUCAGAAAAGAUGUUCCGCAGAAUGGAACGCCAGAAGGAGCUGUGCAUCGCUACUGCGAUGGCACAGGAGACGAAGCGGAAGCAGGACUUCGAAAAACGCCGCAGAACGAUGCCCAAGCCAGGCCAGAAAGCCAGCAUCAUCGAAGUCGAAGAAGACACGGCCGCGAGAGGAAGAGAACGUCGAAUGCUCAAGAACGAGAAAAAAGCGAUGCCCAGCCGCUCCACUGCGAGGAUGGACAUUUCUUGCCCCAUGUUUGACCUUGCCCUGGACGAGACCCCCCAGACCGAAGCAGACAUUCAGCACCGCUGGAACAGACAGCUCCUCAGCGGCGGCGUACGCACCGGAUCCGUCUCGCUGGAGGAGAAGAAGCGCCGCGACAAUAACGACAUGGCCCGCACUACUCGGGAACAGAAAUCGUUGCAUGAAUCCGCCAAGGCGAACUCCGCGGCCUUCCUGCGCGGCGAUCGACCCUCCAGCUUCAUGGAGUACGACGCCAUCGCAGAGAGCAUUUACGACAUGGAGAUAGAGAUUGAGGCCAACGUGGAGGAGGAUGUGGAGGCGCGACUGCGGUUGGAGGAGUCCGAAAUUCGGAAACAGUACCUUCUACCCGAGAGGGGUAAUUUGCGGACUCGACAGGUGGAGUUGGGGAUGCUGUUUAUUGAGAAUUGA